UACUUGGACGCCCGCUUCUUCCGCGGACAAGAGGCGGCCAACGCGGCUCCGCCCAAGACGUCCAGGAGGGAGCCGCCCCACGCGAUGAAGAUGGCGGCGCCGAACUCGAACCUGCGCCCGUCAAGCGUUGCGGUAUGAGGAAUUGAAACAUAUAUGCGGUGAGGUGAGAACCCCUGACCCGGACCCGGACCCUUUCUGCGAGGACCGCAAAAGUCCGCCGGUCGUGCAGUUCCGGCCGUUCCAGAUCAGAGUAACCUAACGGUGCCAACAACUGGUCUGGAUCCAGCCGGCGGCGCAGGCGCAGACAUCGAUGACGUCUCCAGGACGGGACCGGACGGGACGCAGAGGGAUGGAACGUAACAGAACCGCGACGGCCCGGGCUCCCGUUCGGCGCUGACUCGGCUCCGGGCGCCGAGGCCCGCCCGCCUUCCCCGUCCCCGCCCACGCUCGCUCUUUCACCUUUGGAGGCUGUUACCUUUCGGAGUCAUGCGGCCGUUUCUGCUCGCGAGGGGACCAAAGAGACUUGCGUCCCCGGUGCCGGACUGGUGCGUGCAGCUGGGCCUCGCCCUCCUCUUAAACCUGGCCUCCAGCCAAAAAGCGGAGCCCUCCAAGCACCCCGUGGUCACCACCAACUACGGCAAGCUCCGAGGGGUCAAGAAGGACCUGAACAACGAGAUCCUGGGCCCGGUGGAGCAGUACCUGGGCGUGCCCUACGCCACGGCGCCCAUCGGCGACCGCCGUUUUCAGCCGCCCGAAGCCCCGGGCUCGUGGCAGGAGAUCCGCAACGCCACCCAGUUUGCCCCCGUGUGCCCCCAAAACGUCCACGGGGUGCUCCCCGAGAUCAUGUUGCCCGUCUGGUUCACCGACAACCUGGACGUAGCGGCCGGGUACAUCCAGAACCAGAGCGAGGACUGCCUCUAUCUCAACGUCUACGUGCCCACGGAGGAUGGUCCGCUCUCAAAAAAACACGAUGAAUCUGCAGCCAACAAGCCUCGAGACGAAGACAUUCGCGACCGCAGGAAGAAGCCGGUGAUGUUGUUCAUCCACGGAGGCUCGUACAUGGAAGGCACCGGAAACAUGUUUGACGCCAGCGUCCUCGCCGCCUACGGCAACGUCAUCGUGGUGACUGUCAACUACCGUCUCGGCGUGCUGGGUUUUCUCAGCACCGGUGACCAAUCGGCCAAGGGGAACUACGGCCUCCUGGACCAGAUUCAAGCGCUGCGCUGGCUCAACGAGAACAUCGGUCACUUCGGCGGAGACCCAGAGAGGAUCACCAUCUUUGGAUCGGGAGCCGGGGCGUCCUGCGUCAACCUCCUCAUCCUCUCCCACCACUCGGAGGGGCUCUUCCACAGGGCCGUCGCCCAAAGCGGAACGGCCAUCUCCAGCUGGUCUGUCAACUACCAGCCGCUCAAGUACACCAAAAUCCUGGCCCGCAAGGUGGGCUGCACCUACGCCGAGACCGCUGACCUGGUGGACUGCCUGAGACGCAAGAACUUCAGGGAGCUGGUGGACCAGGACAUCCAGCCGGCUCGCUACCACAUCGCCUUCGGCCCCGUGGUGGACGGAGACGUGGUGCCCGACGAUCCCGAGAUUCUCAUGCAGCAGGGGGAGUUCCUCAACUACGACAUGCUGAUUGGUGUCAAUCAAGGGGAGGGGCUGAAGUUUGUCGACGACAGCGAGGACAACGACGGCAUCUCUGCUGCGGCGUUUGACUACACCAUCUCCAACUUUGUCGACAACCUCUACGGAUAUCCCGAGGGCAAAGACAUCCUGAGGGAGACCAUCAAGUUUAUGUACACGGACUGGGCAGACCGAGACAACGGCGACAUGCGGCGCAAGACCUUGCUCGCUCUGUUUACAGACCACCAGUGGGUGGCGCCGGCGGUGGCCACCGCCAAGCUCCACGCCGAGUUCCAGUCGCCCGUUUACUUUUACACCUUCUACCACCACUGCCAGACGGAGACGCGGCCCGAGUGGGCCGACGCCGCCCACGGAGAUGAGAUACCGUACGUUUUCGGGGUGCCCAUGAUCGGCGCCACGGACUUGUUCCCGUGCAACUUCUCCAAGAACGACGUGAUGCUCAGCGCUGUCGUCAUGACCUACUGGACCAACUUCGCCAAGACCGGGGAUCCCAACUUACCGGUACCCCAGGACACCAAAUUCAUCCACACCAAGCCCAACCGUUUUGAAGAAGUCAUCUGGACCAAGUUCAACUCCAAGGACAAGCAGUACCUCCACAUUGGCUUGAAACCUCGGGUCAGAGACAACUACAGAGCCAACAAGGUGGCCUUCUGGUUGGAGCUGGUCCCCCAUCUGCACAACCUAAACGACAGGUUGAUUUCGAGCACCACUCGCUCACCCCCCGGUCCGGGUCCCGGCACUCCCAGAACCAGAACCGCAGGCCCUCGCAUCACCCACGACCCCACCUUCUCCUACUACCCGGACCCCGACGGGUCCGAGCGUCCGCCGCCGGUCCUUUUCCCCGGCGACACCCGCGACUACUCCACGGAGCUGAGCGUGACGGUCGCCGUGGGGGCGUCCCUGCUCUUCCUCAACGUCCUGGCCUUCGCCGCCCUCUACUACAAGCGCGACAAGAGGCACGAGCUGCGCCGCCGCCGGCUGUCUCCUCAGCGGGGGGGCCCGGCCAACGACCUGCCUCACAGCCAAGAGGAGGAGAUCAUGUCCCUGCAGAUGAAGCAUUCCGAGCACGACGCUCACCACGACAUGGAGCCCCUGCGGCCCCACGACAUCCUGCGGCCCGCCUGCCCCCCCGACUACACGCUGGCGCUGCGCCGAGCCCCGGACGACGUGCCUCUGAUGACGCCCAACACCAUCACCAUGAUCCCCAGCACCAUCGCGAGCAUGCAGCCCCUCCACGCCUUCAAUACCUUCCCCGGCGCGGGCCCCAACAACACUCUGCCCCACCCCCACUCCACCACCAGGGUAUAGUAGAGUCGUUCGGUCGGGUCGGGGCUGAGCCGCCCGGGGACCGGGAAGACCGGCUGGCGCUCCGGUCCGACCGCGCGCGGGUCGCUGACUCUGGCGUUUUCCGCCAAGGACGACUCCGACUCCGGCGCUUCCGGUUUGCGCGUUCGGGCGGGGCGGG